AUGGCCGAAUCUGCGGCGCCUCUCGGUGCCAAGCUGAGAUGGAGUAAGUUCAGUGGAGCUUACAGACAGCGCCUCACGGAAGGCGGCCUGGCGCUAGACCUGUUCUUGCGCCGACACAAGGCGCCUUGGAGAUUGGUGGAAACAGAAAGUAGCCAGACAGUGGAUGAACUCCUGGAAUCAUUUGUCAAGGACAUGCAUGCACUGGGAAAGAGCAGCUCUCUCCGAGUAGCAAAGCACGCGGUCCUGUUUGUGCAAUGCAUUCGUCCCAGACUGAAGCGACACCUGGGUGCCACAUGGAGCGCCAUCAGAAGCUGGGAAGAACAGAAACCGAGCGGCUUCAGACCACCUUUACCUGUGGCUCUGCUAGCGGCCUUAGUUUGUCAAGCACGGAAAUUUGCUGAAAAAGAAGUUGAUCGACAGAGGGACCUGUGGUUCAGGUUGUCGGCCCUGCUCAUGCUGGGUUUCUUUGGGUUGCUACGUCCUGGCGAGAUGUUCAAACUUCAUAGCCGACACGUCACCCUGCCAAAUUCCCUCUCGCUUGGGGGGCCUUUUGCCGUGGUGAUGCUUGAGCAGUUCACCGUUGUUCACCACCCUGACGCCAUAAACUGGUUGUCAUGGUUGACCCUCACCAGCGUGAAAACAAGAAAAGCACUGUGGCCUAGCUCACCCAACAAGUUUCGAGUGAUGUUCAAAGAGCUCUGUGAGAAGUUAGGGAUCAAUGGCAUGAAACUCUCACCCGCAUCUUUGCGUGCCGGUGGGGCUACAUGGAUGAUGGACGAAGGAAUGGAGAUCUCCAAGAUCCGUUUCCUAGGUAGAUGGAGUAACCUACGUUCUCUUGAACACUACCUCCAAGUAGCCAGAGCACAGCAAAUUGCUUUGACUCUUGAGCCUGAAGCAGUGCGCCGUUUGAGAAGCCUGCUACUCAAGUUCUCAUUCAUGCUCACCCUGCCUGAACACUUUGCAGCACUUGUGCCCAAAGAGCAUCGCGUGACUUCUGAGGUAAUUGAGAUACCCUCAUCCGAAUCUGGAGCCAACUGGCAAGCACAGUUCAAGAAAGCCGUGGUGCUGGGUGGCUCUCUAAAGGGGGCCCCCUACUUAGAAGUCAGCUGGGAGGAUCUUCGCAAAGCAGCCAAGAACUACAAAGCUGACGAUUGCGCUGGGGCUUCUCCUUCAUCCUAG